CGAGGCAAGCGGAGGCCAGGCAAGCCCCGGGUAACUGGUGAUUUCCCAGGGACUCGCAGCCCAGGCUAAUCGCACGGUCGCGCUGCGAAACCUCCGAAACAAAGGACCAGCCCUGAGUGUCUAUUCCCGGCGCCCCUUGGAAGAAGCUCACUAUGCCCGGGCAGAGCCUGGAGGAUUUCUCUCUGGCUCAUUCGGAAGACAAUGAGAUCAGCAUCAACGUCGGAGGCUUUAAGAAAAAGAUGCGAUCCAACACCCUACUAAGAUUUCCCGAAACCAGGCUGGGGAAACUGCUGAGCUGCCACUCAAAGGAGUCGAUAUUAGAGCUCUGUGACGAUUAUGAUGACGCCAAGAACGAGUUUUACUUUGACCGGAACCCCGAACUUUUCCCCUACGUGUUACAUUUUUACAACACCGGCAAGCUCCACGUGAUGGGCGAACUCUGCGUGUUCUCCUUCAGCCAGGAGAUUGAAUACUGGGGCAUCAAUGAGUUCUUCAUUGACUCGUGCUGCAGCUACAGCUACCAUGGGAGGAAAAUGGAGCCAGAUCAAGAGAAAUGGGAAGAGCAAAGUGACCGGGAAAGCACCUCGUCUUCCUUUGAUGAAAUCUUGGCCUUUUACAAUGAUGCCGCCAAGUUUGACAGACAACCCUUUGGAAACGUCAGGAGGCAACUCUGGCUAGCUCUGGACAAUCCCGGCUACUCUGUCUUGAGCCGAAUAUUUAGCGUCUUGUCAAUAGUGGUUGUUCUUGGUUCCAUUGUGACCAUGUGCCUGAACAGCCUCCCAGACUUCCAGCUGGUUGACAGCUAUGGGAAAGCAGAGGAAGAUCCUCGGUUUGAAAUUGUAGAACAUUUUGGCAUUGCAUGGUUCACAUUUGAGCUGAUGGCAAGAUUUGCAGUGGCUCCUGACUUCUUGAAGUUUUUCAAGCAUGCCCUGAAUCUGAUUGACCUCAUGUCCAUCCUGCCAUUUUACAUUACCUUAAUUGUUAACUUAGUUGUGGAAAGUAGCCCAGCUUUAGCAAAUUUAGGUAGAGUAGCCCAAGUCCUGAGACUAAUGAGGAUCUUUCGCAUCUUAAAACUUGCUCGACAUUCAACUGGCCUCAGGUCUCUUGGGGCCACUUUGAAGUAUAGCUACAGGGAGGUAGGGCUUCUCUUACUAUACCUCUCUGUUGGGAUCUCCAUAUUCUCGGUAGUGGCUUAUACCAUUGAAAAAGAAGAAAAUGAGGGCUUAGCCACUAUCCCCGCUUGCUGGUGGUGGGCUACAGUUAGCAUGACCACAGUUGGUUAUGGAGAUGUUGUCCCAGGGACCACUGCUGGCAAAUUGACGGCAUCUGCAUGCAUCCUAGCUGGUAUCUUGGUGGUAGUGCUUCCUAUAACGCUCAUCUUCAAUAAAUUCUCUCACUUUUAUAGGCGUCAGAAGCAGCUAGAAAGUGCCAUGAGGAGCUGUGAUUUUGGUGAUGGAAUGAAAGAGGUUCCAUCAGUCAAUUUAAGGGACUAUUAUGCUUAUAAAGUUAAAUCCCUUAUGGCCAGUUUUACCAAUCUGAGCAGGAGUACUCCCAGCGAACUAAGCCUAAAUGAUUCACUGCAUUAG